AUGCACUCCAUCAACAUCGUUCGACCCAUCCGGAACUGGGCCCAUAGGCUUCGUGGGGCGUUCACCUCAAAGGAGGCCUUCCUUGCGUACAUCCAUACCGAAGGCAAUGCGCACCAGCGCCACACGUGGACGAACGAGGACCUGAAGCCGUCUCCACCGUCCAUGGUAAACUGGAAGUGGUACAAUUUCUGUAUCUUCUGGUUUGGUAUGGGGUUCGGCAACUGGACACUUGGGUCAAGUCUGGUGGACAACGGUCUGUCAUGGUGGGAAGCCACGAUCGCUAUCUGGAUCGCUGCAUUCGUCUCGGGUGCCUGCAUGGCCCUCAAUUCGCGCGCUGCAGCCAAUUAUCACGUCGGCUACCCAGUCAUCUUGCGUACAUGCUUUGGUAUGUACGGCCACUACUGGCCGGUUCUUGCCCGCGGUGUCUGUGCGUGCCUCUGGGUAUCCGUCAUCACCUUCGAGGGCGGCGCGUUCAUCUCGACGAUGCUGCACUGCGUCGUCGGUCACCGCUGGAAGAACCUCCCAACGCAGUUCCCCGCCUCGGUGGGCACGACGGUCCAGCGUUUCGCAGGCUUCGUGAUCUUCUGGGCGAUCGUGCUGCCGUUCUGCUCACUCCGCCCGACGCGACUCAAAUGGCUCUACAACUUCAAGGCGUGGGUGCUACCGCCAUCGGUGAUGGGCCUCCUCAUCUACUGCCUCGUGCAGAGCAAGGGCAGGCUCGCGUCAACCGCAGCGCUCGCAGGCGAGUCGGCCUCGACACUGCCAAAGGGGUCCACUCUUGCUUGGUUGUUCGUCAGCUCGGUUAACUCGUGCAUGGGGAAUUGGUCGACAUUUAUUGCCAAUAUGCCUGACUUUGCGCGGUACUCGGACAACCCGAACGCCGUUCUGUGGACGCAUGUUCUAUUUGUGCCAUUCCCUGCUGCACUUGGUGGUAUGAUUGGCGUCUUCGGUACAGCCGCGCUUCAGCACGCAUGGGGGGAGACCAUCUGGAACCAGUGGGACGUGUACGACGCAAUGCUGGCGCACAACUUUUCCGGCGGGAUGCGCUUUUUCGUCUUCCUGCUGGCCUUCUCCUCUGGGCUGUUCAAUUUCGGCGCGCUCAUCGGCGCAAACCUGCUCCCGUUCUCGAGCGACAUCACUGCGCUCUUUCCCCGGUACUUCAAUAUCCCACGCGGAAUGUGGUUCUGCGGCACGAUCGCGCUCGCGCUGCAGCCGUGGAAGAUCCUCGCGUCGUCGCAGGGCUUCCUCGCGUUCCUCGACGGGUACGGCAUCUUCAUGGGGCCCACGGCGGCGAUCAUGAUCACGGACUACUGGAUCGUGCGCAAGGGCAACAUCCGCAUCAUGGAAGCGUAUUCGUCCAAACGCGGCGCGACGUACAUGUACUGGCACGGCGUGAACCUGAACGCGGCGUUUGCGUACCUGUGCGGAAUGAUGGUGCCUUUCGUCGGGUUCGUCGGGACAUUCGGCGUGAGCGUACCGGAGGCGGCGACGAAGCUGGACAAGAUCGGGUGGUAUUUGAGCGCGGCGAUCGCGGGCGUGGUGUAUGUUGGCAUGUGCAGGAUCCGCCCGCUGGCGAAUGUCGACCGUGAUUUGCCGCGGGAGCAGCUCGCACGCGAGUUCGCACGCCAGCGCGAGAUGGAGGUCGAGGAGGUGACGGGCAGCGUGGACGGCGUAGAGGAGAAAGAGAUAGACGUCGAGGAGGAGGAUGGCAAGAAGGCGGACGCAUACGUUGUCUCAUACUCGCCUACGAUGGAACAGGUCUGA